CGCUUGCGCAGUCGUGAUUCUUCCUCUCGUCCAAAUUUCACACUAUGGCGCCUGUCAGGAAGCAGCAGAGCUCUAAAGGUGGAAAGAAGAAGAAGAAGCUGGUUUUGAAGUUCACGCUGGACUGCACCCAUCCUGUUGAAGAUGGCAUCAUGGAUGCUGCCAACUUUGAGCAGUUCCUACAGGAGCGCAUUAAAGUGAACGGUAAAGCAGGAAAUCUGGGAGGUGGAGUCGUGGCCAUUGAAAGGAGCAAAAGCAAAAUCACUGUUUCCUCUGAGGUGCCCUUCUCCAAGAGAUACCUGAAAUAUCUUACAAAGAAAUACCUGAAGAAGAACAAUCUCAGAGACUGGUUGCGUGUUGUGGCCAACACUAAAGAAAGCUAUGAGCUUCGCUACUUCCAAAUCAACCAGGAUGAGGAAGAGGAGGAGGAUGAAGAUUAAACGUUAGCCUUUUUUGUACAUUUGAAUAAAUUCACAUACAACUAGUUUAAGCUGUCCAGAUGCACUUCUUUACUCAUGGUGCAUGUUAUACGUUUCAGGCAAUGCAUAUGAAUUUCAAAACAAAUUGAUGGUUGUGUCAUUGUCAGAAAACAUGUCCGAUUUUGCCAUCAAGGGAUUAGAUCUCUUACUCGCACUAGCCUUGUCCUUUAAAUAGGAAUGCCGAUCCUCAUUCUGUAAUAUCCCAGUAACAACAUACGUGUAGUGUAUGUAGAUAUGAAUGUGUCAAUCAACAACACUCAUUUUUAAACAGCAUGUUCUUUUCUGUAGUCCAAUUAAGGAAAUUCUGUGUAGACCCACAAUUUUUGUAUCCAGUAUUAUCUCAUUUCU